AUGAUGUGGCUGCUGGUCUUCUUAGUCUGGCUGGUGGUUUGGGCUGGGGGAACAUACUGGUACCUCUUUGGGAAACCGAGCCCGUUCUCCCUGGAGUCGGUGAGACCCCCUGCACCUCGUGAAUUUGAUCAGAAGAAGAGGGACAAAGUCAUCAAGCAAGGUUUCAGUCUUGAGAAGGUGCCCCAGAACCUGGAUGUCAUCGUCAUCGGUAGUGGUAUUGGAGGACUGGCAGCUGCAGCCACACUGGCGAAAGCUGGAAAGAGGGUCCUGGUGCUGGAGCAACAUGACCAGGCAGGAGGCUGCUGCCACACUUACGUUGAGAAAGGCUUUGAGUUCGACGUUGGGCUUCACUACAUCGGUCAGCUCCACGAGAACAGCCUGCUGCGGAUCGCCUUUGACCAGAUCUCCGAAGGCCAGCUGGUGUUCCAGGAGUUGGAUCAGCACUUUGACACCAUUCAGAUCGGCCUGGGAGAGGAGAAACGGGAGUACACCAUCUUCACCGGUAAGACCGAGAUGAAAGCCCACCUGAAGAAGCAGUUCCCUGAUGACACCGAGGCCAUUGAGACGUUCUUCAAAAUCAUGAAGGUCUCAGCUAAGAAGACCCACUAUCUAGCCACCCUGAAGCUGAUCCCACAGUGGGUGUCUCUGUUCCUGCUCAAGUCAGGCAUCGCAAACCUCGUCUCUCCCAUUUUCCGCCUUUCUGGCACCUGUGCAACAGACCUGGUGAACACCCUGACCAGCAACAAGGACCUCCAUAUCAUCUUUUCUUACCUUUUCUAUGGUGUACCUCCAAAGGACUCCAGUAUCGUAAUCAAUGCCCUCCUGAUUCAUCACUACAAACGAGGUGCCUACUACCCCAGAGGAGGUGCCAGUGAGAUCGCCUUCCACAUCAUUCGCACCAUCCAGAAAUAUGGAGGCAACUGUCUGGUCAGAGCUCCUGUCUCCCAGAUCCUGGUCGAUGAGAAGGGAGCAGCUUAUGGUGUAAAAGUGAGAAAAGGCCAGGAGGAAGUGGAGGUACAUGCUCCUACAGUGAUCUCCAACUGCGGUAUCUUCACCACCUUCCAGAAACUUCUACCACCUGAAAUCCAAGUCAAGCCAGAUAUUCAAGAGAGACUGGGCAUGAUGAAACAUGGCAGGGGGUCCUUCUUGGUUUUCUCUGGAUUUGAUGGAACCCAAGAGGAGUUGGGUCUCGUGUCCACCAACUUCUGGCUGUUCAAAAACAAUGAUAUGGAUAAAUCGAUGGAGGACUUCUUCGCACUGAGCAAGGAGGAAGCACCUGAUAACAUUCCAAUGAUGUUCAUCACAAUGCCGUCUGCCAAAGACCCUGAGGCCAAAAUAAGACACCCUGGAAAGUCCUGCAUGACCAUUUUAACAAUGGUGAAAUACGAGUGGUUUGAGGAAUGGAAAGACACGACCGUGCGCAAAAGGGGUGAUGAAUACUACAACUACAAAAUGAGAUUUGCGAACAAACUCUUUGACUGGGCCUGCACUAUAUUCCCUAAAAUCAGAGACAAGUUGGUUUUCCAGGAUGUUGCGACUCCCCUGACCAACAUGCACUACCUCGGUGCCCAGCGAGGAGCCAUGUACUCCGCUGAGCACAACCUGGAGCGCUUCCAUGCCGAGGCUGUGGCGAGGAACAGGUGCCACACCCCCGUCAAAAACCUCUACAUCUCAGGCCAAGACGUGUUCAGCUGUGGGAUAGCAGGCGCUCUGCAUGGAGGGCUACUCUGCGCCUCUGCGGUCUUGGAUCACAUAAUCUACAUCGACUUGCUCCUCCUCAAGAAGAAGCUGAAGAGGAGGAAGGCCAGAGAGAUGGCCCAAAUGGCUAAGAAGAAACUGCAGUGA